ACACCGUCCCCUGAGCAGCCUCCGGUUCCUCCAGCCUCCUGUUCGCCUGCCUUGCACCGCCUGAAGUCUCAGUUGGUCUCCGUGAGGGAGAAGAUGAUGCGGGCAGUCGUCUUUUGCAGCAGCAUCUUGCCUUUGCACCUUUUGCUUUGCGUCCAUUCCCUGCCAGUGCACGAACGCAGGUACAAACAGUUACAGGGAUGGCCUCAUAGCAACAAGAACAUGGGACUGAAGAAGAAAGCAAGACAGGAACAAGCAACACUAAAUGAAGAGCAUCAUUUGAAGUCACUUGUGGUUCCCAAAAAUCAUACAGAGUUUUGGAAUCGUCCUCGGUGCGGAGUCCCGGAUUAUCCUAACUUCACACAGGCAGGUUUGUCAUACUACAACCUGAAGAGGAUUCAGGGAGGGCUGAGCAAACAGCAACGCAGAAAGAGAUUUGCACUCUUUGGCGGGCGCUGGGACAAGACCCAUCUCACUUACAAGAUUGUUCGUUUUCCGUGGCAGAUGAAUGAGGGCAAAGUACGGCGCAUCUUAGAGGAAGCAUUUAGUAUUUGGAGUGCAGUGACUCCUCUGACAUUCAGAGAGGUCGUCUCAGAAAAAGCUGACAUCAUCAUUGACUUCAACAGGUACUGGCACGGGGAUAGCUUACCAUUUGAUGGUCCGGGGGGAAUCCUUGCCCAUGCCUUUUUCCCCCGAACACAUCGAGAAGGAGAAGUCCACUUUGACUAUGAUGAGCAUUGGACAGUGGGCAACGAUGUGGGCACAGAUCUCCUUCAAGUGGCAGCUCAUGAGUUUGGUCAUGUCCUGGGCCUGCAGCAUUCUCUGGAGCCUGAUGCCGUGAUGUGUCCCUUCUACAGUGCCUCCUACCCUCUGCAGCUGAGCGAGGAUGAUAAGAGGGGCAUUCAGUAUCUGUAUGGCCCCCGUAGGCAAGACCCACCUGAGGUGGCUGAGACCAAUGAGAUUGACAUCGGAGUGCCGGAUGCCUGCAGAACAACCUUCGACGCUGUGUCCAUAAUCAGGGGAGAGCUCUUCUUCUUUAAGUCUCAGUAUGUUUGGCGCAUUCGUGAUGGGCAGCUCCAGGCUGGUUACCCCGCCUUGGCUUCGCGCCACUGGAGUGGUAUUCCUGACUACAUUGAUGCUGCAUAUGAAGACAAGUCCGGCAACAUCUGGUUCUUUCAAGGUGAGAGCUACUGGGUGUUUGAUGCUGAGAGGAAGAUAACAGGCCCAGACUCAGUGCGGCGGCUUGGACUCCCCGUCACAGAUAUCCAAGCAGCUCUAAAAUGGGAAGAGAACCAUGUCCAAAAAGUCUACCUCUUUAAGUCCUCUGCUUACUGGGCCUUCAAUCCUCAGGAGAAUCGAGUUGACAACAUUUACUCUCACAGCGUACAUGAGUGGCGCGGCGUGCCUAGCCAGAUUGAUGCAGCCUUUCGAGACAAAUAUGGCUAUGCCAUUUUCCUGAGUGGGCUAUACUACUGGAAGUUUGACCCUGUGGCACUGAAGGUGGUAGAAGGCUACCCCCGCAGCAUUGGCAUGGAUUUCUUUGGCUGCAAAGCUUUCCCGUAUGAAUAGGUUCAUACAUCUAUCAAACUGCGUAAGUGUAGGGAUAUUUCUGAAAACCUCCCUGUAUUUUACAUUCUGGUUUUACUACAAAAAUGCAGUUAAUGUUUUUCACUGAAAAUCUAUAACAAAACAUUAGCCAAGAAAAAACAAAUUGCAUUCAAAAUACACAUAGAUUUAAUGUGUAUUCAGUCCCUCCAGGAUUUUGCAGGCUUCUAUGGGAUUUCAUUGCAGCUUUUCUAAAAAAUGAGAAAAUGAAAAUUGCAAAGGUGAACAGUUAUAUUUGUUAAAUCCAAAGCGAGAUGUUAUGAAAUUAAAAGUGUCCUGUUAUGAGUGUUCAUAAUAAUCUGACCAGAAAGGCUCUGGAUUAAAAGCAUUGUAACACAAUAUACUUCAUUUGUACAUGAAGAAAUGCACCUGUGUAGAUUUUAUUUCACAAAGCAGACAAUUUCCUGUAAGGUCUAAAGGAAGCAAUCACAAAAUUAUAAUAUGUUGAAGUGCACUUUUUAUUUGAUGAACCUCCCAAAAAAACAAAAUGUCUGAUUAAAUUUGCACAAAAUGUUGGGGUAAGACCAUGCAGAAUUUAUAGGGAUUGGUGUUAAUGAGAUUUGUGUUAAUGUUGCAUUUUUCCUGGAGGGACUGUCAUUGUUAUUCUGCUGUAUGUGUUGUGUAAAGUGUGCAGGACCAGAAAGGAGUUUGUUGAUUUGAGAUGAGCAUAAACAUUUGCAGACUGCUGGUUUAUAUUGUGGUAAUAGAUGAUGGUAAUCCACCACUAACAUCAACACCAACCUAUCUUAAUAUAACACAGUGACAUGUCUCUUUACACUAAACCCACAGCUGCACUGAUAUCUGAGGGUUUAUGAGCCAAAAAUUGAAAAAGUAGCUGGCAGCUGACACACAUUUGAUUUCUACUAUUUUGACCUGUCCAUCACGCAGAAAAGACUGGAACAGAGAGGGAGAGUGACAGGAAAUGAACAUGGUUAUAAGCAGUACAUUGUGUACAAGAUUUAAACAAAAAAAAAAAUCUAAUUCAGUUACAGUUACUCUGAUAGACGUCAUAGAAACAGUGCCGUCACAAACACUGUGAAUGUAAACAUAA